CUUUAUUUUGAUUGGCUCUCAGCUGUGCCCUCAGCUGUUUGCUCUCUUCAAAUCGACGGCGGAUGGAUUAUCGACAAAUUAAAAGAUUCAUUGCAAGAUGUCCAAUGAAGUCGAGUUUUUGCGUGAUCAAGUCCAAAGGCUGAACUCUGCCUUGAGUCACUAUCAAGAUGGACACCGCUCUCAAGCCACGUUAGCACCACAGGGUGAGGAGGCGAGACACGCAGAGACACCUGCCCCCUGGCUUUCUGACCGGAGUAUAAUGGUUCCUCUCCUAUCAGAGUAUGACCGUCAUAUGGAUGACAUGACUGAACAACUGCAGCGCUACCAGAUGCAGAUGACUGAGGUCAAACUGAAGCUGGACAGGGUGGUCAAGGAGAAUGAACGGCUGCAUGCUGAGCUGAGGGAGUCAGUAGAGAGGCAGCUGCAGACCCUCCCAGGCAGUACAGGGCCAGGGGUGGAGGGGGCCCCGCUGGGGGACGAGGGGCUCAUCAACAACCUACAGGAACAGAUCCAGCUCUCUGUACAGGAGCGAGACCAGGCCAUGGAGCUGUGGCAGGCAUCAGCCCAGGAGCUGGACCGGUUACAGCAGCUCUACCAGAGAACCACCUCUGACGGACAGCUCCAUGUUGCCGAGCGACAGCACCUCAAGGAUCAACUGAUCCAAUUCCAACAGCACAUCCAGAAACUCCAAGUCACCAAUCAGAAACUGGAAUCGACCAACCAGCAGUUCCUGAAGACGCUGACGGAACAGAGCACUGAGAUGGAGGAGCUACGCAUCCAGCUCAGACAGGCCAAAGCAGAUCUGAGGAUGGCCACAGCCAAGGUGGAGGAGAUGACCAAGCUGAUGCAGAACGUCCAGGACCAGAUACAGAGACGGGAGGACGAUGCAGCAGAGGCUCACGGUAGAGAGGAAGCCUCAGAUCGAAGACUCCACCAUCUCCAGUCAGCCUUCAGCCAGCUAGAGGCCAGGUUGACGGCAGCUAGUCAGGAGGCAGAGAGUGUACGCAGGGAGCAGGUGGUGUGGGAGAGGCAGGUGGGGGAGCUGCAGGUGCGCUGUGCCUCUCUGGAGGACGACCGCUACGAGGCCUUCUCCAAGGUCAGAGACUCCAUCCAGCUGGCUGAGGAGGCCUCGCUACAGAAGGAUCAGGCCCUGUUGAGAGAGAAACAGAAAUCUGAGGAGCUGGACAAGAUGAAUGAAGCCAUCAGACAACUGAUCAAGGACGCUGCCAUACGCACAAGGAAAGAGGUGGAGAAUGUGCGUAAACAGUGCAACUCACAGAUCCAUCGGAUGGCUGAGGAGUUGUCGGCUCUACAACUGGAGUGUGCAGAUAAAGAGUCUCAGAUGGAGAGGUCCCUGAGAGAGAGGAGGGCAGUGGAGGAGGAACUGGAAAAGGUGUAUAAGGAGGGUAGAGGAGAGCCAGAGUACAGGAAGAUGGAGGCCCUCCACCAGAGGUCUCUGAAUGCUGAGAGACUGAAGGACGACAUGAACAUCACCCUGCAGAGCACACACAACAAGAUGAAGAAAAUGGAGAUGGACUACAGUGAGGAGUUAUCCCGGUGCCAGGAGGAGGUGCUGCGGCUGCAGGGGUCUCUGUCUGCAGCCAGGGAGGACUGCAGCGGGGUCAGCGAGGAGCGGCUCCAGCUGCAGCAGGAGAACAUGCAGCUCCGCAGGGAGAUGGAGGAGCUGCGCAAGGCUAGCAUGAUGACCCAGAGGAGAGCUAAACAGCAGGUGUCCCAGAUGGAGCAGGAGUAUUCCCUAAAGGAGCAGGGUCUGGAUGCCCGGGUCAGGGAGCUGGAGGAGAGCAGUAGGAGCUCCAGUGCUGACCUGACCCGGCUCCUCUCUGCCCAGCAGAAGACCACCCAGCGCUGGAAGGAAGAGGCCAAGACCCUCACCCUGGCCUUCCACACCAAACUCACCAGCCUCAAGGGUGAGCUGAGUCGACAGAAGCAGCGUUGUCAGGAACUGGAGAUCCAGCUGGAGACUGACCACGAGACCGUCAUAGAGUACGAGAGGCAGAUGGCAGAGUAUCAGGAGAAGAACAGUCGUCUCCAGAGGCGUUUGAUUCAGGCAGAACAGAAGGCAACUACAGCAUCACAACAGCUGAGUAUAAUGACGUCACAGAGAAGGAAAACAGCGUCCAUGGCAGACCUGGAGUCUCUAUAGCUGUGUGCAGGGUUGGACCUUAAGGAUUUUGGCCAGUGGUCCGCUGUGCCAUGCGAUAUUUAAAGAACAUUUCACUAGCCGUUGGGCUAGUUGGCCACAUUUUCUACGAGCCAGUCUGAAAUGUACUAGCCUCUGGCUAGCUUAAUUUCCAUCCCUGGCUGUGUGCAUUGCCAACCAUUUAUACAGAAAUGCCAAUGUCUGUUAUGGAUUUAUACCAUUCACUGUGACUUAUGUUAUUAAAAUAUAUUACAAUUA